GUCACAGUUCCUCACUUAUUUACCAUCUCUUUUCCUAUUAGUUUUUACUCCAUUCAACAAUAUAUCAUUGCAUGCUUUAAAGGAACCCCAAACCAGAAACCCGACCUCAAAUCUCUUACUCUCGGAUUGUUGGUUUCUUUAAAGUUCCUUAACUCAUCUCAGAGUUUAGUGUUUCAUUGUUGGGUUUUCUUUCAAUGGGACCCAUUAGAGGUUUCAAGAGAAGAAAGAAAACAGCAGACAAGAAAGUGGUUGACCACAAUGUCUUCUCUUCUUCUUUGGAGUCUCAACUUCAGCCUUUGGAUUGGUGGGAUGACUUCUCUAAAAGGAUUUCAGGUCCUUUAUCUCAAUCAAAAGGUUCGAGAAGUUUUGAAUCAAUUUUCAGAAUUUCAAAGAAGACUUUCAACUACAUAUGUUCCUUGGUAAAGGAAGAUAUGAUGGCUCGGCAAUCAAGCUACACCGAUAUAAACGGCAAGCCUUUGUCUCUAAAUGAUCAAGUAGCUGUCGCCCUUAGAAGGCUUAGCUCAGGUGAAUCGUUAUCGGUCAUCGGUGAUACUUUUGGGAUGAAUCAGUCAACUGUUUCACAAAUAACCUGGCGGUUUGUGGAAGCAAUGGAGGAAAAAGGGCUGCACCAUCUCACUUGGCCUUUAACAGAAGCAGAGAUGGAGCAGAUAAAGUCUAAGUUCGAAAAAAUCCGGGGGCUUCCUAAUUGCUGCGGGGCAAUAGAUAUUACACAUGUUGUUAUGACUCUACCUACAAUGGACCCGUCAAAUAACGUCUGGUUUGACCGAGAGAAGAACUACAGCAUGAUUUUGCAGGCAGUUGUCGACCCGGAAAUGAGACUUCGUGAUGUGAUUGCUGGUUGGCCUGGAAGUUUAAGCGAUGCCGUUGUCCUCCGGAGCUCAGGUUUCUUCAGACUUUCUGAAGAAGGAAAACGACUAACUGGUAAGAAGCUAAACAUUUCAGAAGGAAUGGAAAUAGGAGAAUACAUAAUAGGGGAUGCUGGCUUUCCGCUAUUGCCGUGGCUCUUAACUCCGUAUCAAGGGAAAGGCCUUUCGGAUCUCCAAAUCGAGUUCAAUAAAAGACAUGCUGCAACCAGAAUGGUCGCGCAGAUGGCUCUGGCGAGGCUCAAGGAGAUGUGGAGAAUAAUACACGGGGUAAUGUGGAUGCCUGAUAAGAACAGAUUGCCAAGAAUUGUUCUUGUCUGCUGCUUGUUACACAAUAUUCUUAUUGAUAUGGAGGACGAGGUUUUCGAUGAUAUGUCAUUAUCCCAUCACCACGAUACUGGUUAUCGUCGACAAAAUUGUGAAUAUUUUGACCAGUCCGCCAUGAUCAUGAGAGAUAAACUCUCUCUCUACAUAACUGGAAAGUUGCUAUCUUGAAACAAUCCUUUGGCUGUCCCUCCGCAUUGUAUUCUUGAUUUCUACACUCAGAAAAACUGAUUGUCCGACAUAGUUGUAAUGCAUGUAACAGUUAUGUAGCUUGACUACGAACGAAAUGAGUCCCGUGGUAUUAGUUUCCAUUCAUUUGCCUUUGUUAGUUGAACAAUUUGGACUAAUAUUUGGAGCAGCUUAUCUAUUUUCAUUUUUGACAGUA